UCCCCAGCCCGGUACCUAGUGUUCUUUCAGUACUUUGGCACUAAAUAUAGUGGGGUCAUGGAGACUUCAAAUGAUCAGUCAUUGAUUGGAGUCCAGAAUUAUUUGGAGAAGGCAGUGCAGAACCUGAAGCCUGUUGCUCCUGUCAAGUUCCACAUCUCCAGCCGCACAGAUACUGGUGUCCAUGCACUCUGCAACUCUGCUCACCUUGACAUCCAGAGGGCUCCAGGGAAGCCAGCUUUUGAGGAGAAACAGCUUGUCUAUGGUCUUAAUCGCCACCUGAAGCCCGAGCCAAUCUGCAUUCUGAAUGCCUACCGGGUGUCCAGCAGCUUCCAUGCGCGCUUCUCCGCGCUGUCAAGAACCUACAUCUAUCGGCUGUUGAUGGGCUGCUCUCAGCAUUCUGAAAUACCAGUGUUUGAAAGGGAUCUCUGCUGGGCUCCUAGGGGAGGUUACCUGAAUGUUCCUGCCAUGCAGGAGGCAGCUCAGUUCCUGGUGGGAACCCACGACUUCAGCACCUUUCGCUCGCUUAACUCCGAAACGCCUUUUCAGAGUCCAGUCAGAACCAUCUUCCAAGUGGACAUCCAGCCCUCUUCUGGUUUCCUGUCCCACCACUAUGAACACAGGGGACUGGAGUUCUGGGAGUUGAAGUUCAGGAGCAGAUCCUUUCUUUACCGGCAGGUCCGAAGGAUGGUUGGGGCUCUAGUUGCAGUCGGCCAGGGCAAGUUAACACCUCAUUGUAUAAAGGAGUUACUGGAGCUAAAAGACUCACGGGCUUUUCCACCAAAUGCCAUGGCUCCGCCGUCUGGCCUCUUCCUGAAAUCCGUGGAAUACAGUGAAGCAGAUUUGGACACUACAGUGGCCCCAGGAGAAUAG